ACUCAGGUUGCCCGCUGAAGUCUGUCCUGAAUACUCUUGGUGGCUAUGAAGUUCAGCAGCAGUCAGCGACUGGGUUCUGUUCUUGCCCUUUUCUUUUUCGCCCUAGUUUUCUGGGAUGUCCUUGGGGUCAGGGCACUGGACAAUGGAUUGGCGAGGACUCCUACCAUGGGCUGGCUGCACUGGGAGCGGUUCAUGUGCAACCUGGACUGCCAGGAAGAGCCUGAUUCCUGCAUCAGUGAACAGCUUUUUAUGCAGAUGGCAGAGCUCAUGGUCUCUGAUGGCUGGAAGGAUGCAGGUUAUGAGUACGUAUGUAUAGAUGACUGCUGGAUGGCUCCCCAAAGAGAUUCAAAAGGCCGACUUCAGGCAGACCCUCAGCGAUUUCCUGGAGGGAUUCAACGCCUAGCUAAUUAUGUCCACAGCAAAGGACUAAAGCUAGGGAUUUAUGCAGAUGUUGGAAAUAAAACCUGUGCAGGCUUCCCUGGGAGUUUUGGAUACUAUGACAUUGAUGCCAAGACCUUUGCUGACUGGGGAGUAGAUCUGCUAAAAUUUGAUGGCUGUCACUGUGACAGUAUAAACCUUUUGGCAAAAGGUUAUAAGCACAUGUCAUUGGCCCUGAACAAGACUGGCAGAAGCAUUGUAUACUCCUGUGAGUGGCCUCUUUAUAUGUGGCCCCUUCAUCAGCCCAAUUACAAAAAAAUCCGACAGUAUUGCAAUCACUGGAGAAAUUUUGCUGAUAUUUAUGAUUCCUGGGAAAGUAUAAAGCUCAUCUUGGACUGGACAGCUUCUAAUCAGGACAGAAUUGUUAAUAUUGCUGGACCAGGGGGUUGGAAUGAUCCAGACAUGUUAGUGAUUGGCAACUUUGGCCUUAGCUGGGAUCAACAAGUAACUCAGAUGGCUCUCUGGGCUAUCAUGGCAGCUCCUUUAUUCAUGUCUAAUGACCUCAGACAAAUCAGCCCUCAAGCGAAAGCUCUACUUCAAAAUAAGGAUGUGAUUGCUGUCAACCAAGACCCCUUGGGAAAGCAGGGGUAUCGCCUCAGAAAGGAAAAAGACAUUGAAGUGUGGGAACGACCUCUCUCAAACUUAGCCUGGGCUGUAGCUCUGAGAAACCUGAAGGAAAUUGGUGGACCUCUUUCUUACACAACAUCACUUGUUUCUCUGGGUAAAGGCGUGGCCUGCAAUCCUGGUUGCUUCAUUACACAGCUCCUCCCCAUGAAGAAGGAUUACGGCUUCUAUGGAUGGACUUCCAGUUUCAAAACACAAAUAAAUCCCACAGGCACUGUUUUGCUAAAGCUAGAAGCUAUUAGUGUAAAUUGAAAAGCUUAGUACUUUGAAAUCUAUUUUUUCCAGUGUCUAUUUCCUCCUGCCUGCUUCUUUGCAUUUCCACUAUAAAAGCUCUACUUCCUUGAAUAAAAUUUCCCUAAAUUAGAACUUAAAAAAAAACUUUCUAAAAGCCAAAGAACAGUUUGGGAGUAAAGCUAAAUAGACUAGGUAAGUCUGUGGUAUUUACCUUUUUAAGUAUCUUGGGCUUUUUUUAUAUCUUCCCUUGAUAUAUAUUCUUAGAUUUGUCUUUGGAUUUCCUGUAGUCAGCAUAUAUUGUCUCUGUAUAUUAUACAAAGUUUUAAGAAUCAUGUCAAGAGUAAUUUAUAUUUUUAUUUGAUUGUUGUAUCAGUUACUUAGAAUGAGAUUGCUAACAAGCAUAAUUGGGGAUUUUUUGAAUUUUUUGUUUAAUCAUAAUUGUUAAAUCACUGUGAUAUAUGUCUUAAUCUUUGGUGAUAUUAAGUGUUUAUUUCAUUUGCUUAGUUAAUAUACUAUUGUUUAGACUGACUGGAUAUGGAAUCAUGAAUAAAAGGACAUUUUCUUUCAUUAAAAAAAUAUGAGGGCUGGGAAGGUG